UUGAUUCGUGUGCCUCGUUGUUUCGUUGCUCCCGGUAUUUUUUUAAUUAUUUGCAUCAUUUUAUCGUAAAUAGUAACCCCGGCAGUGUGAGUUCAUUUAUUACGUACAAGUGUGACACGUGUGUAAGACUUGAAUGCUCCAAAGUGUUUUUAUAAAUAAAAAAAAAAAUAGUCGAAUUUUAUAAACAAAACCGGAUCUAGAUACUUUCUACUUGACGCAUUUUUUUGUACCAACAAUAUAAUACAUAUUGUUAAUAAUAAAUAAACAGUGUCACAAUAUUGAUUGCAAUGUAAAUCAAGUGACUAUUGAGAUUUGGCAACACCUCUUUGACUUUUUUAAUCCCUUGCCAGUGGACCCCGUCAUGGAUACCACGUUGAUCCGUCGUAACACAGGAUAAAGGCAAUUUGAACGAGUUUAGGUGCCUCGAGAGAGUAUCUCUAUAGCACCUACGUCGCAUGAACGCGACGGUAUCACGCAUAAGAGUGAAUGAGGGGGCUGAUUUAAGUGAUUAUUUGUUCGACAUUACUCCAAUCCUCAUUUUCCGCGUUCUCUCGCGGAAAUUCGAGAUAAAAAGGAUUAUAAACAAUGUGGAAAUUUUUCUAUCGGUUGGAAACAUGAUGAUUCCAGGAAUUAUUUGAGUGACAGUUGAUGAUAAACUUAUUUUUUAUGAUAACAUAUAGAAAAAACGAUCUCUCACUGCGACGAAACUGUGAUAGUUGAUGAUAUAAAUUCAUCUGAAUGAGUAAAAUAUUAAAUUAUUUUAGUUAAUUUAGAGAACGUAUAUAACAUAGUGCAAUUUAUUCAAGUUCAUCCUGGAUAUAAUAGAGUCGUGAUAAUUUCCUCGUGGUGACUUGGUGCAAUAUAUGAAAGAAUAAAAAAGGGAAACGUGAGAGUGUACGUGUUUAAAGUGAAUAUCUAAGUGCAAAGAAAAUUUAGUUGAUGAUUAUAAAUAAUUAUAAAAUAAGAUUUACAGUGUAAAUAUAUAUAUAUAUAUAUAUAUUUUGCAUAUUUAUUGAAUGGAUCUUAUGGAAGUGUUCGCCCAUGGGAAAUGGAUUACACUGGUGAAAUCGUCAAAAUAUGAGGAAUACGUUCUGGGAUUUAUCUCAUUGCUUGAAUCUCAAUCAAAAUGAGUCUCAAGAUUGUGUUUAUAGUGCUCCUUCUCGUAGCGAGUUCGAGAUGCAUCUGCAAGACUGGAUACACCGGACAAAAUUGCGAGAGCGAAUAUAUACCCUGUGAUCCGUCGCCUUGUCUAAAUGGAGGAUCAUGUCGUCAAUUGGGUGAACUUGAGUACGAGUGUCACUGUCCUGAUGGUUUCCGGGGCCAACAUUGUGAGGAGAACAUCGAUGAUUGUAUUGGAAAUCAUUGCCAGAAUGGAGCAACGUGUAUGGACAGAGUUAACGAGUAUGCAUGCCUGUGUCCUCCAGCUUUCACAGGUCCCCAGUGUGAGGUGGACGUUGAUGAGUGUUUAGUACGUCCUUCGCUUUGUCACAACGGAGCUACAUGCACCAACUCACACGGAAGUUACUCGUGCAUAUGUGUGAAUGGUUGGACUGGACCUGAUUGCAGCAUCAACAUUGAUGACUGCAAUACUGCUGCUUGUUUCAAUGGUGCGACAUGUAUCGAUCGUGUUGGCAGUUUCUACUGUCAAUGUACCUAUGGAAAGACUGGUUUACUUUGCCAUCUGGAUGACGCCUGCACAUCAAAUCCAUGUCACGAGGGUGCAAUUUGUGACACAAGUCCCAUCAAUGGAUUUUUCACCUGCUCCUGUGCAAGCGGAUAUAAAGGCCUGGAUUGCUCUGAGGACAUUGACGAGUGUAAACAAGGUUCUCCUUGUGAGCAUGAUGGUAUCUGCGUUAAUACGCCUGGUUCUUUUGCCUGCAACUGUACGCAAGGAUUUACUGGACCAAGAUGUGAGACAAAUGUCAACGAAUGUGAGUCUCAUCCUUGUCAGAAUGAUGGUUCCUGUCUUGAUGAUCCCGGAACAUUUCGUUGUGUCUGCAUGCCAGGUUACACUGGAACGCAGUGUGAGAUUGACAUUGACGAAUGUGCAACAAAUCCUUGCUUGAACAACGGCAUCUGCACAGACCUAGUAAACUCAUUUAAAUGUGACUGCGCUAAAGGAUUUGCUGGAUCACACUGCCAGAUAAACAUAGACGACUGUGCGUCAGCACCAUGCAAGAAUGGUGGUACUUGCCAGGACUCGAUAGCUAAAUAUACGUGCGAGUGUCCACCAGGAUUCACGGGAGCAUCUUGUGAAACGAAUAUCAAUGACUGUCAGUCAAAUCCAUGUCACAGUGGUACCUGUAUCGAUGGAGAGAACUCUUUUGUAUGUAGCUGCUUCCCAGGUUUCACUGGAAAACUAUGUCAAACCCAGAUUGACGAGUGUGAGAGUAAUCCCUGUCAGUUUGGCGGACGUUGUGAGGAUAGAAUCAAUGGAUAUCAAUGUAUCUGCAGACCUGGAACUUCUGGUACCAAUUGUGAAAUCAACGUUAACGAAUGCUACAGCAACCCAUGCAGAAACGGUGCUCGAUGUAUUGAUGGUAUCAACAGCAAUCGGAUGCCUGCAGUCGAAUGGUACUCCUGUGAAUGCGAGCCGGGUUUCACUGGUCAACAUUGUGAGACAGACAUCAACGAAUGUUCCAGCAAUCCAUGUGCUAACGGUGGUCGAUGUAUUGACUUGAUAAACGGCUACAGAUGCGAAUGUCCUCGUGGUUACUAUGAUGCUAGAUGUCUUAGCGACGUCGACGAAUGCGCAAGCAAUCCUUGUAUUAAUGGCGGUACUUGUGAAGAUGGCGUAAAUCAGUUUAUCUGCCACUGCUUACCUGGAUACGGCGGUAAAAGAUGUGAAGCUGACAUCGACGAGUGUGGAUCUAAUCCUUGUCAGCAUGGUGGAAUGUGUAUUGAUCAUCUGAAUGAUUAUAGUUGCCAAUGUUUGGCUGGAUACGCUGGUACUAACUGUGAAACGAAUAUUGAUGAUUGCGCCAAUAACCCAUGUCAAAAUGGAGGCUCAUGUAUUGACCUUGUCAACGAUUACAAGUGUGUUUGUGAAUUACCACAUACUGGAAGAAACUGUGAAGGUAAAUUAGAUCCUUGUGCACCUAAUAAAUGUCUUCACGGUGCUAAAUGUACUCCAUCAUCGAAUUUCUUGGACUUUGCCUGUACCUGUACGGUUGGAUACACUGGACGACUCUGUGACGAAGAUGUAGAUGAGUGUGUGGUAACAUCACCAUGCAGAAAUGGAGCUACUUGUAGAAAUACCAAUGGAUCCUAUCAAUGUGUAUGUGCCAAAGGAUAUGAAGGCCGUGAUUGCAUCAUUAACACUGACGAUUGUGCAUCGUUCCCUUGCCAAAAUGGAGGAACUUGUUUGGAUGGAAUUGGAGAUUAUACCUGUCUUUGCGUUGACGGAUUCAAUGGUAAACACUGCGAGAUUGAUAUUGAUGAGUGUGAAUCGUCACCAUGUAAGAAUGGAGCUAGCUGUAAUCAAUAUGUCAACUCUUAUACUUGUCAAUGCCAACUUGGAUUUUCUGGAAUCAACUGUCAAACGAACGAUGAAGAUUGCACGGACAGUAGUUGUAUGAACGGUGGCAAAUGUAUUGAUGGUAUAAACAACUAUACUUGUGUUUGUCAGCCAGGAUAUACCGGAUCCAAUUGUCAGUAUCGGAUUAACGAGUGUGAUAGUUCACCUUGCUUAAACGGAGCAACCUGCCAUGAUGACAUCAACCAUCACUACGUUUGCCACUGUCCUUAUGGUUACACUGGCCAACGCUGUGACAUGUACGUCGAUUGGUGUGCAGAUAAACCUUGCGAGAAUGGCGCUACGUGCGUUCAACAUAAGAAUAAAUAUCAUUGCAAUUGCUCAGUUGGAUGGACAGGAAAAGUUUGCGACGUGGAAAUGGUAUCUUGUAAAAACGCAGCCAUUAAAAAGAAUGUUCCAGAAGAAUAUCUCUGUAAUAAUGGAACGUGUGAAGACAUUGGUAAUAGUCAUCGUUGUCAUUGUCUGGAAGGAUAUACCGGUUCUUAUUGCCAAGAAGAGAUCAACGAGUGUGACUCAGCGCCUUGUCAAAAUGGUGCUAUUUGUAAAGAUCUUGUUGGCUCCUAUCAGUGUCAAUGUACUAAAGGCUUCCAAGGACAAAAUUGCGAUCUUAACAUUGACGAUUGUAAACCUAAUCCUUGUCAGAAUGGUGGAACUUGUCAUGAUCUCAUCAACAAUUUCAGUUGCUCAUGUCCACCAGGAACUCUCGGUAUUAUUUGUGAGAUAAAUGUUGACGAUUGUGUGCCUGGAGCUUGUCAUAACAAUGGAACGUGUACAGAUAAAGUUGGAGGAUUCGAAUGUAAAUGCCCUCCAGGAUUUGUUGGUCCCCGAUGUGAAGGAGAUAUCAAUGAAUGUCUCUCUAAACCUUGUGCUUCUCCCGGUACUCAAGAUUGUGUUCAACUUGUCAACAACUACCAUUGCAAUUGUAAACCAGGAUAUAUGGGCCGUCAUUGUGAAGCAAAAGUGAACUUCUGCGACAGUUCUCCAUGCCAGAAUGGAGGAGUUUGCACGGCUAAACAAACUGAACAUACUUGUUUAUGUCCAACGGAUUAUUAUGGACCGAACUGCGAAUUCACCGGUUCGUAUUGUGAUACCGAGCCAUGCCUUCAUGGUGGUACUUGUAGAGUUGCUGCAACGGAAAUGGGAUACAGAUGCUAUUGUCCGCCUGGAACAACUGGAACCCAUUGUGAGAUCGAUGCUAAAGAUGAAUGUGACAGCAACCCAUGUCAACAAGCCGAUGCUGUUUGUGAAAAUCUUUUUGGUGAUUACGCUUGUUACUGUCCACCAAAAUGGACUGGUAAAAAUUGUGAAAUCUACGACAUGAAUAGCCACGGUGGAGUAUUUGGAAGACCAAAUGCUGUUAUUCCUAAAGUAUUGAAUGCCUACGAAUUAGAUCUCGAACGCGAAAAGAAAAAAUGUAUCGAGAACCGUUGUGAAGAGAAAGCAGGUAAUCAUCAUUGUGAUCAAGAAUGUAACAGAUACGCAUGUAACUUUGACGGAAAUGAUUGUUCUCUGGGCAUUAAUCCCUGGAGAAAUUGUACAGCUCCAAUUAACUGCUGGGAUGUUUUUAUGAAUGGAGUUUGUGAUGAGGUUUGUAAUAAUGCUCAAUGUUUAUUUGAUGGCAGAGAUUGUGAGAAAAAGUUAGCACCUUGUAAUCCCAUUUAUGAUGCUUAUUGUCGCAAGCAUUAUGCUAACGGACACUGUGACUAUGGUUGUAACAAUGAAGAGUGUAAUUGGGACGGUUUGGAUUGUGAACGUGAAACCCCACCAUCACUUGCAGAAGGAGUUAUCUCUAUUGUCGUAAGAUUGGAUAUGCAAACAUUCCGUAAAAAUUCUGUCGCUUUCCUCAGAGAUAUUGGUCACGAACUAAGGACGACCCUAAGAGUUAAACAAGAUGAACUUGGUAAUGAUAUGAUUUAUCCUUGGAAAGGCGAUAGAGAUCAGAAUAUGCAGUCGGGCAUAAUAGGACGACCAUCAACUUAUGGUGAUAACCAGAAAGGUGUUGUAGCUUAUCUGGAAAUUGAUAAUAGAAAAUGUACAACAACACAAGGAGCAGUUUGUUUCCCUUCUGCUAAUGAAGCUGCAGAAUUUCUUGCUGCAACUGCUGCUAAACAUACUAUCUCGAAGAAUUUCCCCAUUGAACAAAUACGAGGUGUAGUUGGACCUCAAGGACCAGAGUAUCCAGAAUCUCCUACAAACUACAAAUACGUAUUUAUUGGUGUUAUCAUUGUAGUUCUUGGAGGACUGUUAGUAGGAAUUUUGAUAACAGCUCAGAAGAAACGUGCUGUAGGUAUCACCUGGUUCCCAGAUGGUUUCUUGAGAACAAGUAGUGGUAGUGGACAACGAAGAAGAUCUCGAAGACGUGGACCAGAUGGACAAGAAAUGAGAAAUUUGAAUAAACAACCUUCUGUAAAUUGUAUGGACAUGGAUGUUGGAAAUGGAAGACCUCAACAAUGGUCUGAUGAUGAAUCAGAUCUACCACCAUCGAAGAGAAUGCGUGCUAUUGAACCAGGUUACGCAAGUGAUCACACAGCAAUUACAGAUUAUGAAGAAACUGAACCAAGAGUAUGGACUCAACAACACUUAGAUGCUGCACAAAUUCGUAGACCUGAUGCAGGUGGUGUUUUAACUCCUCCAAGUCUUGAACAUGGCCAAGACAUUGACCCAAUAGGACCACACGGAAUGACUCCAUUAAUGGUUGCUUCAGUUAGAGGAGGAGGAUUAGAUACUGGAGAUGAAGAAGAUGACGGUGAUGGUACUGCAGCUGUUAUAGCAGAUCUUGUCGCACAAGGAGCAGAUUUAAAUGCAACAACUGAGAAGAGUGGAGAGACGUCUCUUCAUUUAGCAGCGCGAUUCGCACGAGCCGAUGCAGCAAAGAGACUAUUAGAUGCUGGAGCAGACGCUAAUUCUCAGGAUAACACUGGAAGAACACCACUACACUCUGCCGUAGCUGCAGAUGCAAUGGGUGUUUUCCAAAUACUUUUAAGAAAUCGUGCAACUAAUUUGAACGCAAGAAUGCAUGAUGGAACUACGCCAUUAAUUCUCGCAGCUAGACUUGCUACUGAAGGAAUGGUAGAAGAUCUCAUAAAUGCUGAUGCAGAUAUUAAUGCUGCUGAUAAUAGCGGAAAGACAGCACUCCAUUGGGCCGCAGCUGUUAAUAAUGUGGACGCUGUAAAUAUUCUCCUGGUUCACGGAGCGAACCGUGAUGCACAGGACGACAAGGAUGAAACGCCGCUGUUCCUCGCAGCACGAGAAGGAAGCUUUGAAGCCUGCAAAGCUCUUCUAGAUACGUUUGCUAAUCGAGAAAUUACUGAUCAUAUGGAUCGGUUACCUCGAGAUGUAGCAAGUGAAAGGCUACAUCAUGACAUCGUUAGAUUACUUGAGGAGCAUGUGCCCAGAUCUCCACAGAUGGUCUCUGUGAUGCCAAAUGGACCUCUCAUGGGAUCUCCAAACCAUCCACAACUUAUUACGCCACCAACAGUCAUUGGAUCAGCGCCGAAACAAUCGAAAGCCAAGAAGCGACCGAAGGCAGGGGCUCCUGGAAAUCCCAACAGCCCAGAUUCAGAAGGCUCGGUAGUGGCGGUGAGACGGAAACCGUCAGUAAAGAAGCCACCAGCAAAACGUGGUGCUCAACCCCCAAACCAGGAAAUCCCUCAGGGAGCGGAGGGAGCCGAAGGAAAUUUGCCAAGUCCUUACGACAGCGCAAGUCUCUACAGCAACGCGCUCCCAUUAGUAAACCAUACAACAACAGCAAAACAACCCCCGCCUUACGAGGAUUGUAUAAAGGGUCAAUCAAUGCAAAGUCUUCAACAACUUGGGCUCGAUACAUUCACGACCAAUUACGGUCUGCCCAAUUUUCAUGAGCAGUUGUUAGCUACUCAUCAACGCCAGACACAGGGCAUGAUUAACACAUUAUCACCACCAUAUAGUAAUCAAUCACCGCCGCACUCUGUGCAAUCAAACAUGACUCUCUCGCCACAAGCAAGUUAUAUGGGUUCACCGUCACCUGCAAAAAGUAGGCCUUCACUUCCUACCUCACCAACACAUAUUGCGGCAAUGCGACAAGCAACGCAUCAAAAACAUGGGGGAAUGCCACCAGUAGGUUUUGAUUUUGAUAACCUACCGUACACUACUAGCCAACAAGCACAGAUGCAACAACAGCAGCAACAGCAACAACAGCAACAGCAGCAACAACAAAAUAGUCAACAGCAACAGCAGCAGCAGACUCAAUACUACCAAUAUUUGACACCACCAUCACAUCAUUCAGGACCUGAUGUGACGCCUCAGCAUCUGAUGCAAGCUCCAGAGAGUUUUCCAACACCAUCGCCUGACAGCCCUGGUCAUUGGUCGUCGAGUUCGCCACAUUCGAACAGCGACUGGUCCGAGUGCAUGGCCUCGCCGAAUGCCUAUGCACCCGGUGCACCGCACCAAAGUAGCAAAGGCUCCGAGGCAAUUUAUAUAUAAGGGAUUCAACUAAUGUUCACUCGUGUGAACAAUUAUUUAUGCAUAUAAAUAUUAUAUAUAAAUAGAAAUAAUAAGCAAAAUAUAUAUAAACGUUAUAUAUAUUUUAUAUAUAUAAAUUUUUCACAAAGACUUCGUUGGAAUCAGAGACACUGCUAUGUAUAACUCAAUCAAUUAAUCGUGCCUCUUUAAUUAUGUAAAUCGUGUAGUAAGAAAUAAGCAAAGUAAACUAUUAUAUUUUUAUGAGAAUCAAUUUUUAUACGUAACAGUGCAAAGUUGAGCUCAAUGAUAAAAUGAAGGGUGCCUUCAAACUUGCCAGAGUGUGAGGACCUUCUCAAAGAAUUGCAAAAAUAAGAUGGAACGAGAAAUGAAUGAGAGACAUCAAUGAGUUAAUUACAAAUUUUAUUGUAAAUACAUUUCAGAUAAUGAGAAAAGACAAUAAAAAAAGACAAUCGUGUUAAAAAUAUUCAACUUAGAGUGUAUGUAACUGUAAUAUUCUAUUUAAUAUGUAUGAAUAGCACGAUUAUAUCCAGUGAGAUAUGUCUCUGUAGUAAAUAUAUAUCGUUCAAUAUUUCAAAUCGCCACUGCCAAUCUUUAUAUUAUAACAGGCGGGACGAAUUGACAAUAAUUCUCAUAAUGUUAACUGAGAAAACAGGAAACACUCGAUUACAUAGCGAACGAGAGAAAGAAAGGGAAUUGAAAUUUGUGCCUUUCAAUUAUUCUAGCUAAUAUUCAAUUAGUUAAAUUACUGAAUUAUGCGUUUAAUGUCACAUACAUUGCACAAAUAAAUGAUAAAUCGUGCUAUCAGAGCAAUGUAAUGUAAGAUACAAAUGGUUGACUGAGAUUUCAAGAAUUUAAUACCAUUCCUCUCGACAAGUUGUUCCAUACACAGACAUUCCAAUUCGUAUAUUACUCAUUUUACUUAAUUUUUUUUUCUUCAUUUCAAAAAUAUAUUAUUGUAGAAUUUUUUAAUAUGCAUUUUAAACUAACACUAUAGUGUAAUUUUUUUGUUUAUUAAUCUCUCGAAAUGUUGAUAUUUUACAAAUAAGAUAAGUCGUGUGUCCUAGAAAUGGUAAACAAAUUCUCAAAUUUUAGUUGACCAAGUUUGAGUGAGUAUAAAUAAAUGAAAAAAAAAAUUGUAGCGACAUAAACACCACAAUCACCAAUGGUGUUUACAUAAUUAAUAAGUUCAUUAGAUUGUUGCGAGAGAAAAGGUUAUAUUGAUUAAUAUAAAUCGACUUGUGCUUGCAAUAUUAGUAGUGAAUGAUUAAUAACAACAAAGGCAUGACAAUUUAACUUUUAAUAAAAUCAUUGAGUGUAAUUCUUUUCUUUAUUUUUUAGAUAUUUAUAAAAAGAAAAAAAAAAAUUGUAAAUAAUCUAAUUUUUUUGUCUUAAUUAUUACACUGUCGAGUAUUUCUGUAUCAUCUUUUCUCUCGAUUUUUGUACAAACUGUUUUUACAUAUUUUUAUACUGAAUAAGUUAGCAAAUAUAAUUGCUAUUUGAUAAAUUUGUUUUGUAAGAUGGUCUACAUAUAUUAAUAAUCAUGUUUCUCUAUUAUACUAUUAAUAAUGACGUUUACAUUUAUUGUGUGAUUUUAUGUUGCAUUAAGGAUAUUAUACUGAUACUGUUCUUAAUGCAAUACUGGGUUACACACAGCGGUGCGAUUGAGACACAAUAUCAAAUUAAAUAAUUCAAAUUAUAUAUUUAUGAAAAUGGAUUUUAUUCUUAAUAUAUCAUGCUGUUUGAUCAAAAAGUGCGAUUAUUCAUGAAGACUGCGUACGAUUUUCUGAAUGUAACAAUAAUAUUUUCAUACUAGUGUGUUUUUUGUAAUUAAAAUGAUAAAUGCGGAGAUAAUAUGACAAUUUUGAAUCUAAAAUGUAUUUGAAACAAGUAAUAAUGUCCUCAUAAAUUGAUCACACUGUUUACAUGAGCGAAAUAUGUAUGCUGAUUAUGAGGGAAAAUGAAAAAUAGGAAUUUCUUAUCAAAAAAUGUUUGCUCUCUAACGCACCUUUACUCUGUGUUAAAAAUUAUUUAUAGUUAUAAGAUAUAAUGUAGUGUAUGAUUAGCGAUAAAUUAGAGAAUUCGAAUUAUAAUAGAAUUUGUUAUUCUUUGCAACUUGUAAAAAGUACUGAGUUUUAUUAGUAUUAACUGCUCGAUAAGAAAACUAAAGAUAUUUUCAUUCUAUUUGUCCCCUCGCCUUACUUCCCAUAUUUUUAUAAAUAAGUUAUGUCUUUUAAACAGAUGUAAUAAUAAAGAUAGUCUAACCAUU